AUGGUAUCAUCGGCUGGACUUCCGCACAGGCAUCACUCAGAGGACUCAUGGGUCGAGGUUGCCUCGUGCCCGUCCUCCUCUUCGCUAUCUUCGGCUGCCGACGAGAUCAUCACCACAGGUCUCAGGGUCCAGCAUGAUUCGAACCUACACCCGCGACGGCGACGGGCACGCACUGUUGGUCCCUUUGAGAUAGGCACCGGCUACCGAGUGGCAAGCGCAGGUGGAAACAGUAGUCAAGAGGAGUACGACGAGAGCGAAAGCGAGUCGGACAGGGUCAUGACAUCUUCCAACGAGGGCAUCGGCCCUUCGCCGCUCCAGAACGAGCUGAGGAGAUCAUCUUCGGUCGCUUCUUCUGAACCUCUGUCGGAGCGCGAGGGCGACGAUGAGGGUGAAAGCGACGACGAGAACGCAACAGCGGUCAACUACCCGCGAUCUUCACGGCGACAGUUUGCGCCGCGUCCUAAUGCUUUCUCUCAUCCAUCCGAACAGCCUUCGAUUCGCUCGCAAUCUGGAACUGUUUACACGCCUCGGAGACCCUCUGCCCGUCCCUCGUCCCAGCGCCACUCGUACCCGCAACACACACCCUACAAUGCUGUCUCUCCGAACGCACAAGCAGACCACGACGAGGCUCUGAGAGCCAGUCUGUCCACCCUUCUCACCGCCGCUGCUGCGGUGCGAGGCCUGCCCAAACCAGGUCAACCCCGCCCCAUCAGUUCCCAUCCCUCAGGACACCCUACUUCCCUUCGUUUGGUACCUGAAUCUGUCGCUCUAGGGGAUAUCGCCGAAGAUGAUUCCACCGGCGCUCCAUUAUCACCCCGUACCGUCAGCAGCAGCCCGUCCGAAAAGUCCAAACGCAAAGCAAGCCCAGCCAACAACUCAACCACAAGAAGCAGUAGCAAAGAGCGCCGCGCCGUCAAAAAGGUACGGCAAACAGGUCCGCUCGUCGAAGAGAUCAGCCCCACUCUACUCACCUGGGUGGUCGGUGCCGGCGCCGUUGUCCUCGUCAGCGCUCUGAGCUUCUCCGCCGGCUACGUCGUCGGCAAGGAGGUCGGCCACACAGAAGCCAUGGGCCAGCUCGGCUCUGUCGGCGGAGACGCGGGCAGGUGCGGCAAGGAAGCUGCAUCUGGUCUCCGUGGCGCGGGCAUGGGCCUGCGGCGACUGAGGUGGACGGGUGGAAGCGGCGUCCGCGUGUGA